AUGGUAUAUGAGGAUUACAGGCUGGAUAACAAGGUAUUUGAUGUUGUCUUGAGUUACAAGAUCUCGAAGAGGUUAUUGCAGGAUUUACCCAGUGAUACACCACCAGUUAUUAUCGAUAAUUCUCGUCAGUUGCACACUUUUCUGGGACAAUUGGAAAGGGUUACAGGUCGACUUUGUGUUGAAGUGAAGAAGAAAAUACAGACUGAUUUGAAUCACAAAGAUUCUGAUGAUGAGAAUUUUACCAUGUAUGGAAUUCCACCAGAAGAAGAGGAUCAUAAAUUGCCAAUGAAGAACAGGAGUUCAUCUUUUUCUAUUGAAGAAAAUAAGGAACCUGUUGAUGUCUCAAAGGUAGACUUGUCUUCUGUGAAUUUGGCUGUUGGGCAAAUGUAUGAUACAAAGGAGCACUUAGAAACACGGUUGAAGAUACUAACCUUGGUACAAAGGUUUGAUUAUUUUGUUUACAAAUCGAGACCAACACUAUUGAUUGUCAAGUGUUGGGUUAAAGGAUGCAAGUGGAGGGUAAGAGCUGCAACAAUAAAUCACUUUCCAAAGUUUGAGGUCCGUGUGUUUAUUUCAGCACAUACAUGUUCUGUAACAGAGCGCUCUACACGUGCCCGACAAGCAGAUCAUCAUAUUCUAGGAGAGUUGUACAAAGAUUUUGUUGGUGGAGUUGGUCCCAAGAUGGAUUAUUGGAAAGCAUAUCGAACGUUAAGGCAUGCUCGCGAGUUGGUCAGGGGUAGUCCAGAGAGUGGUUAUGAGCAGCUUCCUACAUAUUUGUAUAUGAUAAAAAGGGCAAAUCCUGGAACUUUUACACAGCUUGAAGUUGAUGAAGCUCAAAGAUUUAAGUACUGUUUUCUAGCAUUUGGUGCAAGCAUACAGGGAUUUCCGUUUUUGAGGAAAGUGGUUGUUGUGGAUGGUACUUUUUUACAGGGAAAAUACUUAGGGACACUACUGACAGCAACAGCUCAAGAUGGCAAUUUUCAGAUUUUUCCAAUUGCUUUCGCCGUGGUUGAUACAGAGAAUGAUGAAUCAUGGGAAUGGUUUUUCAAGCAACUCAGCUGUGUGAUACCUGAUGAUGAAAGUCUUUCCAUUAUUUCUGAUAGGCACAAAUCAAUUGGGAAAGCUAUUAAAAAGGUUUAUCCGAAGUCUAGUAGGGGAAUAUGCACAUACCAUAUGUACAAGAAUAUUUUGGUUCGGUUUAAAGGUCGAGCAGAAUUUGCUUUGGUUAAAAAGGCGGCAAAUGCUUUUAGACUUAUCGACUUUCAAACCACAUUUGAUCAGAUAGAAGCCAUGAAUCCAGCACUACAUGAGUACCUCGUAAGGGCUGAUAAUUAA